AUGCAGAGCUCUUAUGAGGACUACAUAGAACAGCUGGACUCAGAAUUGUUAGAGCUCCCAGAUCAGGAGGAUUUGGAUGGAGCUGCACUGGGUCUCAUCAGAUUACAGGAAAUAUACUUGCUUCCCCCAGAGAACAUCACUAAAGGCACUCUAACAGGAAAACCAUCUCCUCUGAACCCAGAUGAAGCUUAUCAUUUGGCUAGAGUUGCUUAUGAAUAUGAGAAAUUUCAACAUGCUUUUCUGUGGGCCUAUGAGAGUCUGAAGCAGAAAAAACGUGGUGUAACAUCAGAGGUUUCCUUCAAGGAUGUGUUGACAGUCCUUAGCUCCUCAUCCUAUAAGUUUGGACAACUACCUCUGGCAGUUUUCUUCACUGAACAGCUCCUUAAACUUGAUCCCACUGAUGAACAGGUACGAUAUGUACUGAAACACUAUAAACUCCUUAAGGAACUCAGAGGACAUAUCCCAUCCCCAAACAUGUUUACACUUACAGACCCUAUCGUCAGCUCCUAUGAGGCCCUGUGCAGGGGUGAAGAUAUCAAAAAGACUCCCAAAAGACAGAGGGCGCUGUACUGCAGAUACAGCACUGGUGGAGGGAAUCCCAGACUGAUAUAUGCCCCAGUAAAGGAGGAAGAGGAGUCUGACAAUCCACCAAUUAUAAGAUAUUAUGACGUCUUAUCUGAAAAGGAAAUAGAGAUACUGAAAUCACUUUCAAGACCAAAGAGACUCUGUAUUAACGGAAAUUGUGCUGCCUUGAAUGAUGAAGAAGAUCCUGUGAUUGGACGUGUGAAUCAGAGGAUUGCUGACAUCACAGGUCUGGACAUGGAGUCUUCUGAGCUGCUACAGGUAGCAAAUUAUGGUAUUGGGGGACGCUUUGAACCACACUAUGAUGCAAAGGUAAAAUUCAGAGAGAAUUUUCAGAGAAAAUUUGUUUUAUUUUUAAGUAGAAUGGCAACUGUGCUGAUCUAUCUGAGUGAUGUUGAAGUGGGAGGCGCUACAGUCUUCCCUGAAGUAGGGGUUGCACUGAAACCACAGAAGGGCUCAGCUGUGUUGUGGUUUAAUCUGUUAAGGAACGGACGGAUGGAUGACAACGCUCUCCACGCUGGCUGCCCGGUUUUCAUCGGCAAUAAAUGGAUUGCUACCAAAUGGUUUCGUGAGCGAGGACAGGAGUUCAGGAGACCGUGUUCGUUAUCUGAAUCAGAGUGA